CCUUGGCUCAGACGAUUUUGCAGAAAGCCUGGACUUCCCAACCCGGAGGAGGCCAUGGCAGAACGUGGGGCACACCUCACCGCCGCCUUCCCGUACGCGGACAGGCCUUCCAUCUUCGAGGUCGUAGCGCAAGAUAGUUUGAUGUCUGCCGUGAGGCCAGCACUUCAGCAUAUGGCCAAGGUGCUGGCCGAAUCCAACCCCGGCCGUUACGGCUUCUUCUGGCGCUGGUUUGAUGAGAUCUAUACUCUGCUGGACCUACUGCUCCAGCAGCACUACCUCUCCGGCUGCAGCGCCUCUUUCCCCGAAAACUUCUACGGCUUGAAGCGGGUCGUGCUGCGAGGCGGGGGCGGCGAGCCGCGGGGGCGUCCGGCCACCGCCGGGCUGCCCCCGCAACACCACUGGAGAUCUCUUUGCUUGCUGGUCCUCGUCCCUUACCUGAAGACCAAGCUGGAGAAACUGAUCUCCCGGCUGCGGGAAGAAGACGACUAUUCUAUCCACCCGCCGUCGUCCUGCUGGAAGCGCUGCUAUCGGGCCUUCCUGGCCGCAUACCCCUUUGUGAACCUGGCCUGGGAGGGUUGGUUUCUGUCCCAGCAGCUGUGCUACAUCCUGGGGAAGGCCCAGCAUCACUCGCCCCUGCUCCGGCUGGCCGGCGUGCGGCUAGUCCGGCUGACGGCAGAAGACCUGCAGGCCUUUGAGGAGAAACGGCUGGUCGCCCGUGCAGCUCCACAGCCGUCGGGCAGCUUGAAAGAGCGGGCGCAGUCCGCCGGGAAGAAAGCCCUGGGCGGCGUGGCCUUCUCGCUCUCCACCGGCCUCUCCGUGGGCGUCUUCUUCCUCCAGUUCCUGGAAUGGUGGUACUCGUCUGAAAACCAGGAGACCAUCAAGUCUCUGACCGCUCUGCCCGCCCCACCACCGCCCGUGCACCUGGACCUCGGGGCGGACGCCCCGCUCUUGCCCAGGCUCAAGACGGUGUGCCCGCUGUGCCACAAAAUCCGCGCCAACGACACGGCCCUCUCCACCUCCGGCUUUGUGUUCUGUUACCGCUGCAUCUACAACUACGUCAAGCGGCACCAGCGCUGCCCCGUCACCGGCUAUGCCACGGAACUUCAACACCUUGUCAAAUUAUACACGCCUGAAAACUGACGGGUGCAGCCAGCUUCCUCUGUCUCUCGGCGUUGCUGUACGUGGCGUUUGCGCCGGCGCGGGCCUGUUCGAUUGAAAAUAUCCACUGCGGCAUCCGAGGACUUUUUACUGGCAGAGUAGGUGGCCGCUAAGAGCUUGGCUGACUGUUUAUACUAGAUGCUUGGUAAGCAGGCAGGCUCUGCCUGUUGGGAAUUCUUCCCUUACCUCACUCAGCUAAUUUCCCCUAGAAACGGAGGAGCAAGGGAAGGUUAGCUGUGUGAGAUAACUAGUGAGAGAGAAAAUGAUCACACCUUCUUCCUUCUCGGAAUGGCGUGAAGGCACACCUCCCCUGCAGAUUAUCAUGUUGACAAUCUUCUCAUGGAUAGGGAUGUGUCCUGAAAUCUCACUAAAAAGGAAUGAGAUACAAUAGAAUGUUCUUCCUAGUUAUCUCACUCGGCUAAUUAUCCCCUAUUGCUCAGCUGCUGGGGGAAACGUUAGCUGAGUGAGAUAACUGGAGUGAGAGAUUGGCUGUUUUUUGGUUCAAAUUUAAACCGAAAUCACGACGGCAGCUCUGCUUGAAGACAAAGCAUUUUGGAGCCUGCCAUCAUUUGCCUGAGUGUUCUGUUAUCCCCUACUUUGCGUGUACAUCCUUCUGUGCACAUUGCUGCAAACCAUAGAAAUGCCUCUAGUCCGCAUGGUUUUCUGUACGUUCAUGGAAAAUACACAUGAACAGUUUGGGUUUUUUUAAUUAAACUGUUUGUAUAUAUUUUCCAUGAACAUUUUUUUAAAAAUAAUAGACUAGUUUGUCAAAGCAUUUCUGUUUUUUGGGGGAGGGUUUAUUGCAUGCAAAAUCUUUGUAGCAAAAAAAACCCACCACCAGCAGCCUAACAGAAUUAUCCAUUUGAAACUCAUUUGAGGGCGGGCGGGGGGGGGGGGGGAUAAACUUGUCAAAGAGCCAAAUAAGAAGGUCUUUGAGCAACGCUACAGCUGAGGGAUACAACAGGUGAACGUAUCCUCACUCACAUGGCUCUUUUCGAAGUCCAUCAAAGCCAGGACUCUGAAAUACGUAAAAGUGCUUUAUUCAAAAUAAAA